AUGUUCAUUUCCUCUCCACACUCCACAAUCUUUGCAAUCCUAGACUCUUUCAUUACAAUCGCCUCUCACGCUUCUUGGCUCUUGAAGCAUCUUUUCCAAUAUCAUGCUUCUCUUCUUCAACUUUCCAUGAAUGAUCUCUUGAAAAAGCACCAAGGUGGUUACGUCCCUACCAUUCUUCAUGGAAAGAAUGUGCCUAUAACAAAGGUUGAUGUCAAAGAAAGAGUGGUAGAGAUCAAUCAUGUGUUGGUUUCCCAUCUGGAUAUUUUUCUUGAAGGGCCUUUAACAAUUCUUGGUGUUCUUAGUCCAUUUACCUCUAUGGAUCCUCUAUAUGGUGAUCGGAGUUGGGAUCAUAUUCAAGCAUCGAUAUGUGAUUCUAAUCUUAGCUUGGUUUCAGAGGUUACUGAUACCAAGAACAUGGUGGUGGAUGGUAAGGAAGUGAUCAAGCUAGAGAGUGAAUGGGAUGUCAAUGACAUGAAGAUGGCUCAACUUAAUGCCAAAACAAUGCAUACACUCUUUUGUGCAUUGGGACCAAGUAUACUUCAAGAAUGGAUUAAUGAUGCACCUCAUGACAUUGAAGAGAACAAUAAAAAAGAAGAUGAUGAGUUCUUGGAGGAGCCAUAA